AUGUACAGGUCUCUUCUGUCGAAAAUCGACCCGCCAAUUGAUUAUGUGGGGCAAAAGUUAGCAUCUGACCUUAUGUACCUUAUAUUUGGGGUUGGAUACACGGCAGCGCUUAUCUUCGGAGUCUCUCUCAACAACCUUGUGUAUACAAUGUAUAUAAGUAUUACAACCUUGGUGAUUUCUGCUAUUGUUGUGGUUCCAUCCUGGGGGUUCUAUCGCAGAAAUCCCCUGAAGUUCAGGCCGCCUGUUAAAGACAAGAAGGAAUAA